GCCUCCCCUUCUCCCUCUCUACUCCCGUCCAUCCUUGGUUACUGUGUUGUGGGACCCCCUGAUGAGUGGGAUCUGCCUCCAUGAGCCCCACGCCCCCUCCCCCUCCCUCUCAGGCUUCAGCACCCCCAUAUCAGAACCUACCUUCCGCAGGCUGGAUACAGACACCCCCGCCUGCACCCCAGAGACCGACCUGACCCCCACCCAGUGUGUCCUCCGCAACGUGCUGUCCAUCGACACAGGUGGGACACCGGUUGUGCCAGGUGGAGGUGAGGGUUGCCCCCACACCUGUGGCAGCAGCCCGACUCCUAGCGACGGGCCCCCGGCCCACUUUGACAACAGCGUGCUGAAGUUGCACGAGUAUGAAGCCUGCCAGUGUGGGGGCGGGGCGGAGGCGGGGCUUAGCUCAGAGGCUGGGGCCAUCCGCAGCCAAUCAGACAACAUCCGGCUGCAGCAAGGAAGUGGAGGGUUCCUGGAGGGGCUGUUUGGCUGCCUGAAACCCGUCUGGACCAUGAUCGGGAAAGCCUACUCCACCGAACACAAGCAUAACCAGGAAGGUGCGUGGAGUGAGUAUAACAGCCAAUUCUAUGUCACUUCACUAUUUGCACAAGGUCUUCUGUGUUUAACAAAGACAUUUGUAUACUUUUAGGAUACUGAAUACUUAACCAAUACAGAAAUACAUGAGAGACACUUCAGGAUAUUUCACUCAGCGUAGGAUAUGUAAUGUACGACAGCAAAUCUUUUGUCACUUGAAAUGUUAGUCAUUCACUGUCAAGAUGUUGAGGUAAAUCUGUAACCAUGGUGAUGCAUUAUAUAUAAAGGUUCAACUUGACUUCAUUUCAUUAUGGAGGUACUUCACUAAAAUGGUUUACAUUUCCCUCUCUGUUUAUCUCUCACUCCUGCCAUCAUGCCCCAUUCUCUCUUUACACACUCCCUACAAUGCUGCUGAUGUUACCUGUGCGCUAGAUUUACAGCUGGUUAGCAGAUUUACAGCUGGUUAGCGAGACGACACGAGCAGCUGCCUCUACAGCAGCAGGUCCCUGGAGACGACAACACUUCUCAUGAAGAAUUCAUCUGCUUGUUUCUCCGCCUACUGGCUUCUCUUUCCUCACAGUGACCAAACUCUCAGUCAUUCAUCUAUCAAAUGUACUCUCAUGACGGAUAAUGGAGGGAGGAGAGAUUAGAUUUGGAGAGAUGUGCAGCUGUUUGCCUCUACAUCUCUCCCCAACUGCAAUCGUACUGUACACUGAACAUAUUGAUCCAAUUGUGAGCUAUGAUGGUACCACAGGGGGAAAACACCUACUAAUGUGUCAAUGUAAAGUACUUUUUUCCUCAGGAAUGCCUCACAUCUGUAGACUAAAAUACAACAGAUGAUGCCGUUUAUAUGAUACAUUUCAGCUGGUUUGCUGACUGGACUGGAGUCCGCUCCAUCUGCCGCCCACGGCCUGUGACUGACUGUUUCCUUGUGUUGAUGUUGUGUUCUUAGAAUCCUGGGAGGUUCCGUUUGAAGAGAUCUCAGACCUGCAGUGGGUGGGCAGCGGGGCCCAGGGUGCCGUCUUCUUGGGAAAGUUCCAUGGAGAGGACGUGGCUGUCAAGAAAGUCCGGGACAUCAAGGAGACGGAGAUCAAGCACCUACGCAAACUCAAGCACCCCAACAUAAUCACCUUCAAGUGAGAAAAACUCCCUGACCCCAAGAAAACAGUAGAGAUUUAUAUGAACAUAUCAACUGUCCGAGCUAUUGUAGCCUAUAUCAGCAGUACCUAGCACACCAAGACUAUGACAUCAUCAGACACUCACUUUUUCCAUUUUGCUCUUCUUUAUACUUGUCCCUCUGCCUCCUCCCUCCCUCCCCCAGGGGUAUCUGCACCCAGGCUCCCUGCUAUUGUAUCCUGAUGGAGUACUGUGCCCAGGGCCAGCUGUACGAGGUACUGAGGGCGGGCAGGAACAUCACCCCCUCCCUACUUAUCGAUUGGACCAUGGGCAUUGCCGGGGGCAUGAACUACCUACACCUCCACAAGAUCAUCCACAGAGACCUCAAGUCCCCCAAGUGAGUAACUGUGCUGGAUAUUAUCAAAACCAUCCGCCUAAAGACCAGAAGUCCUCAAAGUAAAUAAAUUAGCUCUUUCUUAAAAAAUUGCUUUUCUGGCUUAAGAACAACUAAAAUAAUAGUGUUUUUCUCUCUAUCCAUGGCAGUAUGCUGAUUACCCAUGAUGACCUGGUGAAGAUCUCUGACUUUGGCACCUCCAAGGAGCUCAUUGAUAAGAGCAUGAAGAUGUCUUUCGCUGGUACGGUGGCCUGGAUGGCCCCAGAGGUCAUUCGGAAUGAACCCGUAUCAGAGAAGGUGGACAUCUGGUAAGUGAAGGAAUUCAACUUCUUGACCUUAGAAAAGAGGACCAAUGCAAUCCCAUCUCUGAUCAGUGAUCACUAAUAUAAGGAGUGUUGUGAACUGCAGGUCGUUUGGGGUGGUGUUGUGGGAGAUGCUGACCGGGGAGGUCCCCUAUAAAGAUGUGGACUCCUCCGCCAUCAUCUGGGGGGUGGGCAACAACAGCCUGAACCUCCCUAUCCCUGAGAGCUGCCCCGAUGGAUUCAAAAUCCUCCUGAGGCAGUGCUGGUGAGUGGAGAUGGAGGGAGGGAUGGUGGAAGGGAGGGAAGGAGGGGGAGAAAGAGAGGGAUGGCAGAAAAGAGGAGAGAGGGGGUAGUGGAAAUAGAUAGAGGGAAAUUCUUUCCUUUUAAAUCUUUCCUAGGUAGACUUGGCCCACGUAGAUCCAUAUUGAUUAUACAGUAGAUAUACCAAACUUGUCUCUGGCUCCUUGGCUUUGCAGGAACUGUAAACCCAGAAAUAGACCCUCUUUCCGUCAGAUCCUCCUCCAUCUGGAUAUAGCCUCAGCUGAUGUACUCUCCACCCCACAGGAGACAUACUUCAAGUCUCAGGUAGCCUACUGUACACUAUGUCACACACACACAACCUAAUGACCUUAUACACAAACAAACACAUUCACAGAAGUGCACAGUCACACACACAGUGUCUAAGUGUGUGUGUAUGUGUGUGUGUGUUGAGCAGGCUGAGUGGCGGGAGGAGGUGAAGCAGCACUUUGAAAAGAUUAAGUCUGAUGGGACCUGUCUGCACCGACUGGACGAGGAACUGAUCAACCGACGCAGAGAGGAGCUCAGGUCUGUACCACAACACUCUGACAGACAGAGUAACUCUUCUCUUUUACCUGCUGGAAGUGAUGCAAUGCCAGGAUAGUAUAACAGAAAGCCACCAGUGCCUUGUUAUGAGCUGGUCAACUACAGUACAGCAGUCCAGGGUCAUGUAGAGAGGCAGUUUCACUAACAUCAAAGGGCUCCAGUUCCUUUGCCCUUCCUUUAUCUACCUUUGGGCGAUAUAAAAAAGAAAGAAAGAGAUGUGGGGAAAAAAUUAAGAAAAUAGGCUCAGGGCGCAUUUCUGUUAAACAGCAUUUGGAUCCUUUCAUGCGUAAACAUGAUGUCACUUCUUGUGCACUGUUUUUUAUUCAGGCACGCUCUGGACAUCCGUGAGCACUAUGAGAGGAAGCUGGAGAGGGCCAACAACCUCUACAUGGAGCUCAAUGCUGUCAUGCUGCAGCUGGAGCUCAAAGACAAAGAGCUGCAGAAGUAGGUGGAUCCGCCAGUCAAAGCACUUCAAUGCAUGUGGAGUUGUUCAGCAAAUUCUAAUUUAGCAUAUCAAUCAUAUCAGCUAGUAUGGUAUAUAGACAUACUGAACAUGCAGUGUUUGAAAAUAAGUUGCUAAUAAGUCUUUGGUAAUUGGGGUUAUAGAGGAUACAAAAAAAAAAAAAAAAUUCAUAGAAGUAGAAUAUGUAGAACAGACUAGUUUCUCGAUUUCGCAUGCAAUCAACUUUAAUCAUAUUGAUGUGUUCCUAGGAGAGAGCAGUCUUUAGAUAAGAAGUUUCCAGGACUGUUCAAGCACCACAGCUCCAGACAGACUAGCUCCUCCAACUCCAUGGACAAACUCAUCAAGAAGAGAAACGUCCCACAGAAAUUGCCCUCUGGAAAGAGGUGAGUUAAUUCCGAGCGCCAAAAGCAUAGGAGGCAAGGGUAGUUCUAAUGUGAACCCCAUGCAGAAUUAACUUACUCAUGUAACCCAAUUGAAAGCACUUUAAAUAAAUGUGUAAUCAGAUUAUAUCACAAUGUAUCUGACCAUUGUUUCCUAUUCUAUCCUGUUCUCACAGGCCAGACAUCCUCAAGUCGGAGGUGAUCAUUCCCAAGAUGGAUUCCUCCGUGAUGCAGGUCACCAUCCCCUCCUGCCCCAACAGGGGCUCCACGUCUCCUAGCCGCUCACGGAGGGUCAAGACCCGCCACCGCAAGCCUGGCAAGGGCAGCAGCGGGUACCUGGCUGGCCUGAAGGCCACUCAACCCUCCCCUGGUGGGGACAACCCUGCUCAGGCCAACAGCUUCAGCACGGACCCCUCCAAGCAGCUCCUGGACCCCAGCGCAGCCUUGCAGGCCCUGGGCCACGAGCAGCAGCAGAGGCAGCUGUCCUCCUCCAGCCCAGACCUCAUAUGCACCACGCUGGCGGCUGAGGAUCAGGGGAAAGGAGAGACCACCGUCGGGGGACUGGAGAAGGGUGGCAGCCUGAGUGCCUCCGCGGGCCUUGGGGGAUCCGAGCACGGCACGGCGGGUCUGGAUGACCUCACGGAGACGCCCCCGCGCAGCGACACGCCCAGUGAGGACGCAGCCUCGUUCCCCUUCUCUAGCAGCCCAGACUCGCCAUGUGGGAGAGGAGCGGCCGCCGGGAGGGGGUCUGUACUGCGUGCCCCACGCCUUCCCCAUGAUGGGGACGAUAAGGAGGAGGGAGUGAGUGGUGUGAGGUUACCCCGGGUGGCUUCAGGGCACCUCACCCCCUCAGCUAUCCUGUACAGGGCAGCCAUCACACGCAAACAGGUACAGUCCCAAUGAAAAGCUAGUCAUGUUCAGUAUGUACUCUCUCCUUUCAUCUCUGUGAAUGUGUUUAGCUAGCUCCCUCUGUUCUCUGGGCUGUGUCCACAGAGGCGUGGCGUUUCUUCAGAGGAGGAGGAGGGGGAGGUUGACAGCGAAGUGGAGUUGCCAUGGAGACGGUAUGUUUCUGUACUCCAUUACCCAAAAAACUGCCACUAAUUUACCUUUAUCUUAUCUUUGAUAUCUACACUAAAUGGUUCUGUGGUAUGAUUUUAGGAGUCACAGGGUUUGAAAACAUUAUGAAAAUGGCAUUUAUAAUUCCAAUCAGAGAUGUUUUGUGUUGCUAGUAUGAGUGAAUCUGCAAGUGACAAGCAGUAUGAUGACUAUUAAAUAUGAAUCGAAUUAAUCAAAACUGAAACAAAAGUGGAUUCCUCUCUUCUUUUACCUCCCUCUUCUCCCCAGACGUCCGACCAGCAUCACCAAGUGCCAGUCGGUGUCCACCUUCAGCUCGGAGAACCUCUCUGUGUCAGAUGGCGAGGAGGGUCACACCACUGACCACUCCCACAGCGGCACGCCGGAUGUGGUCAGCACCAACACGGACGACCGUCUGGACGACCGCAGCGAUGACCUCCUGUCGCAGGGGUCAGAGUUCCCGGCAGACAACACGGACCCGGCGCAGGCCUCUGACGGGCUGUCUGAGAGGAAAAGAGCUCUGGGC